CUAGAUCAACUGAUUUUUGUAAUUAGAUUCAAAUUUCAAAUAUAGUAUUAAAAUACAUAUACUGAACUGAAAAUGAAUUCAAAUUCAGAAGACUGUGAAGUGUUUUUCCCAAAUUUUCAAACGAAAAUUAUUAAAAAAGAAAAAGAUCAUCAGGGUUGGGUGUAUAACUUGAGAGUCAAUAUAUCCUCAAAAGAAGAUGCACAAAAAUGGCUCCAAGAGUUUUCAGAAAACACGAAAACCACAUAUAGAGUGAGGAAUAGCUUUGCUGAUAAUACAGCAAAAAUUGUGUUUAAGAAGGAGUAUCGGUGUAUCCAUAACACAAGGCCAGAUACACAUAAGGUUAAGGCCCCUCAUUCUAAACAUACUGGUUGUAAUGCAAAAAUUAUAAUAACUGUUAAGCAACAAAAUAUGAAAAGGAGUAAGGAUAUAUAUUUGUCAGAGUACCCAGCAGAGAUAUUUUUAAAGUAUACCCACAACCACUUAAUACUAGUCGCAGAUGCCUUACGACAUAGGACUCCCUCAGAUGAUAUAAUAGAAAAAUUUAAAAAGCUGUUUUCCAAAGGACAUUCACCCUCAUCUGCAUUAAAUAUUUAUAAGUCAGAAUUGCAAGAGGAGUAUGAAGAGGACUAUUAUAAAAUUGUGGCAGAUGGGUCAAAAUGUCCCACACGUAGAUGGUGCUAUGAACUGUAUUAUAAAAUGUUUAAUAAACAAUAUGGUGAUCCUUCUGGAAGUGAAAUGGUUGCUUCUUUAAAAUUGUUCAUCGAACAAUAUAAUGCAAAAUGUGGAGAGCAAUGUGCAAUUAUGUCGGAAGAUGUAGAAAAUCUAGUUGUGUGUAUUUGCUCACCACUAAUGAAACGAGUGCAUAAGUAUGAAAGAUCAUCGGGUGAAAUUAUGUUUAUCGACUCGUCUGGUAACAUGGAUAGGCAUAACAGCAGGGUUUUUUUAAUGUUAUGUCCCACAGUUGCUGGUGGGUUACCUGUAGGAAUUAUUAUGACGUACAGUGAGUGCGAAAAUGUUAUAACAAAAGGGAUAAAUCUUUUUAAAACUAUUUUAAAUACUGAUAGUUUUUACGGAAAUUCAUUUCCAAGUAUUAUUAUGACAGAUGACAGUGCUGCAGAAAGAGCUGCAUUAAAAACAUCUUUUCCAAAUUCCACUCUUUUGUUGUGCAAGUUUCAUGUGCUUCAGGCGAUAAUGCGUUAUUUAUGGGAUAAUAAACAUAAAAUUCAUGUAGACGAUAGGCUUCCAAUUUACAAAAAUUUUAAUAGUGUGUUACAUUCACCUUCUGAAGAUGAAUUUCAUGAGAAAGUAAAGAGUUUUAUGGAAUGUGAUAGUGUCAAAAAAUAUCCCAAUUUUGUAAAAUAUUUCGAAAACUUUGUUAAAAGGUCUCCAGAAUGGGCACUAUAUUAUCGUUCUAAUUUAUUAACUAGGGGAAAUAAUACAAAUAAUUUUUGCGAAGCAGGUUUUAGAAUUAUAAAAGAUAAAAUCUUAAAUCGAGUCAAGGCUUUCAGUAUAGUACAAAUGUUCGAUUUUUUAACAAGCAGUUUAGAAAGUUAUUAUGAGAGAAAAAUAAGCGAUAUAAUAAACAACCGAUCAGAGGGAGUUAAGAAAUCAAAGCAUUUCAUAAGUGAUGAAAAAAUCGAAAAUCUUAAGUGUAUUCAAAUUGACCUGAAUAUGUUUGAAGUAUUGUCUGGGGAUAACAAAUAUUUCGUCAAUUAUAGUGAUGAACUUUGUUCAUGUCCGGUAGGAAGUCAAGGUGCUCCUUGCAAGCAUCAGCUUGCAGUUGUAAAACAGUUUAGUUUGUCAUCUUCACAAUUUAUACCUUUUGCAGAUCCCCCAGCAAAAAUAAUCCUGUUUAAAAUUCUUUAUGGAAAAUCACCUGAAAAUGAAGAAUGGUUUGCCUCCUUGACUAGUUCAACAGCAAAUAAAUCUGAUGUUUCCCUUGUCAAUAAGACCCUUCCAUCACAAAUUCCCUCAAAUAAUAGUGAGGUAGAGUUACCACAACCUAGUUGUAAUGUAAAUGUUGAUGAAGGGUGUCAAAUGAUUCAGGAAGUAUCAGAAUUAUUUAAAGAUAAGUUUAUGAAAAAUCCUGAGCUGUAUUUCGAUGCUAUCAAGAAAUUUCAUGAACUUGCAACUAAUGCUGCUAAAACAGAUUCAGCUUUAAUCUCAGGAUUACACACAUUUGGAAAGUAUACGGGAGCUGGUAAUCCUCUGAUAUCAAAAAAGAAAAAUCUGCAAGGAGGCAACCGUAUAGGAGUUCAGCCGACAUCCAUUUCCCGCAGGAAAAGAAAAAUAUGUGGAAGAUCACUUUCGAAUAGUGGCCGACCCCCUAAAAGACAAAGGCUGGAGGAUCAUGCAUAUCCCAAAAUAAAAACUUCUACAAAUGUCUCAUUAAGAGAGAAAUCAAAUUAUAAAAGGACAAGAGCUCCUCAUUCUUUACAAUUUUGCGUAGAAAAUAAUAUCAAUUUGGGCAAAUAAUUUGUCAUGGUAUUUCUUAUUCUUUCUUUUAAUGGUAUUAUAAUCCUGGAUGCAGUUUUGCCUGUUUGACUAUUUCUCUAUAUUAUGUUCAUGGUUUUCAGAUUGUCUUCAAUGUUAUCUAACCAUCUUAUUCUGGGUCUUCUUCCCUUUCAGCUACUUGCUGGUUCCCAUUGUAAAAUUGUCUUUGUUGAUUUUGGGCCUUCUAACCUCUGGACAUGACACAGCCAUGCCAACCUCUGACUAUACAUAAAUCAUACAAUAUUGUGCCCUUCGUUUAGUUCAUUGAUCUCAUCGAUUCUUCUGAUUCUCCAAGGACCAUCCUCCUCUUGUACUGGUUCAUAUACUUUUCUCAAAUAUCUUCAGUUUUUCUUCAUCUUGUUUUGUCAUUACUCAGGACUCACAUCCGUAGGUUACUACAGGUCUAAUAAUUAAUGUUUGGUACCUAAAUAAUUUUUUUGGAUCUUCUGUCUAAUAAUGUUAAUGUCUUUGAUCUGUUAUUAGCAUGCUAUGUGUGAUUUCCACUAGCAAUAUGUGGGUUAAUUUCAUUGUUCAUGAUAUUCAUCUGAUUGAUUUCUGUGCCUAGAUAUGUGAAUUGACACCCACACAUGUGAGUGCCACUUGUUCGAAGGAUUUGUUUAUAGCCAUAUUGUUUUCAUUAUCAGGCGUUCUUUUGACAGUCAUAUACUUGGUAUUUAUCUCAUUUAUUUGAAGUCUUUAUUAACACGUCUAUAAGAUGUUUUUACUCCUGCUGAUGACUACAUCAUCUGUAUAUAUGCAGUUAUUUGUAUUUACUUACCUCUCAUGGUACUUAUGUGAUAUAAUCAAAGUACCCUUUAGUCAGCAAUUAGGUAAUGUUAUCAUUUAAAUUGAUAUUGUUCUCUGAAGUUAAUAUUUUGAAAUGUUUAGAUGUCAGUUUGAUUAAAGGUUUAAUUAUGUAUCAAGUAACUUUGUGAAAAAAUAAGAGUUCAAUAAGUAAUUCUACAACAUACAAAAAUAAGAUUUUUUUCAUAAAAAUUUAGUGUUGUCCGAAGAACCAACGUCUUCAGAGUCCAGAUAAUUAAUAAUAAUAAUAAUAGACAUCCCAAUGAGGCCAGCCAAGACUAUGUCGACAAUACAGCAUCGAACUAUUGGUUGACAAUUACCUGAAAUAUAUCGUCAAAGACCCUCAGGUCCAAAACGACAAAUGUUGAUAUGGAUGUCGUCGCAGAAACCAUCCAACAUCUUACAGGGGGCUGCCAGGAAUUCUCUGCAACUGAAUAUAAGGAACGGCAUGACUCAGUGGGAAAGAUCCUUAUAUACAUAUUAUCAAUACAUCCCUGAGAGUAUGCUUAAGAACGACAACUACAAGCUAUACUGAGACCGCACUGUACUCAUAGACCAAACAGUGGCCCAUAAAUAGACCAGAUCUCAUACAAGUUAAUAAAUUAACAAGACAAACAACACUAAUUGACGUAACCAUACCUAACAACAAUAAUCUUUUACUGAAAAGAUCGCCAAGUACAAGAAUGCAAAGUACCCAGACAAUACCUAUUAUUAUGUCUACUACUACUGGAGUCAUUCCCAAGAACCUCCUCGAAAGCAUAAAAAGGCUGGGUCUAAAUGAAUAUCUUUACAAGACCAUGCAGAAAGCUGUACUACUCACAACAGCCAGAUGUGUACGAAAAUUUUUGGGAGAUACACCUGCAUACCAAGUCACCUACAGGGCUCGAUAACAUGGAAAGAGUCCCACCAGAGCUCAAUCCUUUUGAUACCGUACGUAUCUGGGAUGAGUCAAUUUUCCUCUUAAAGGGGUGUGAGCCAUAUGGCUAAAUAUGAUAAUAGAUAGCUUUAUUCUAAAACACAACAAUAUUAUUAGGUACAUUAAUUUAAUGCAUCUUAUCUUUGUUACAAAAAACUUUUUUAUAAUUCCCAAGUUUAAAGUUGUAUUCUUUUUUAACCUCCAGGUGACUUUCCGAGAAUCUAUUAUCAGCCCGACUUAUUAUAAAGAGAACAUCUAAGCAAUUUUUACACUCUUUCACAGCUGGAUCAAUAAUUGUUGUUGGAAGUUGGGUUUAUUUUUUAGAUUUGACUUUGACUUUUUUUAAUGGGAAGCAUAAAAAAGUUGACACAAAAGCAUCUCAUUAUAUAUUCACAUUAUUUUGAUAUUUUGGUCUUGAAAUCUACCUGUAUAAUUAUUUUAUGAUCUCCCAUAGCUAUUGCACUGUUGCCUGUUGCAUUUUGUUGGCCUGUGACAUCAUUCUGGUAUGUAGAACGUUGGCGUAGGAUGAAUACAACGUACAGGACUAAGUAAAAUCAACAAACCUGAUUUUUUUUAAAUAUCUAACUUAUUUUAACUACUGUAUGCAAGUAACCACAUUUUCAAAAUUUUGAACUGCUAAAAUUUUACCCUUUGCUUUAAAAUUAAGUGGUUUACUUAUUUAAUUAAGUGGUUUACUUAUUUCUAGGAUUCACAUUGAGGAUGGUCAGUUUUGACCAAAAACGUUUGGUGAUAUUCCAUAAUCCAUUUGAAUAAUGUUAAAAAAAAUUAAUAAAUUUAUAUAAUAACAUUCAACAGAAGUCUUUACUUGUUUAUUAUAUUGUACAUAAAUACACUCAUUGUACGGCAUAAUAAUAAUCAUACUUAUUGUAAAUGAAACAUUAAUGUAUAGUCGAUUCGCUUUUCCGAGACUCAACUGUCUAGUGAAGUUAGUAAUUUAUUUUUUUGGUAAAUUAAGUUGUCAGGAAAUUAGACACAAGAUGACUGGAAAUUACUACACAACCACACGUAAUUGCUCUUGCCAAUAUUAUUAAUAAUAAACACACAUAAUAAUAAUAAUAUAUUUAUUUAUUUAUUUACGGGUUUCCCCAAUUUAAAAAAAAAAUAUACAUAUAUAAACAAUAAACAAUAAGUAGAAGUAAAAGUAGUAUUAGUAAAGUCCAGUAAAACAGUAAAAAAACUAAAAAUAAAAUAAAAUGAAUUAAAUGAAAGUGUGACAGCAUAAAACUGUAGUAAGUACAUUACAAUAAAACUAAAUUUAACAUACACACAAUCCACGUUAUGCAGUGACAAUACAUAAUAAUAUAAUAUAAACUGACAUUAAUCAACUAACUACAGACAAUAAAAAAAUUAACACAUUACAUAAUACAAAAGCAUUAUCCAUGGCAAAAAUUAACAAAUCCACUGAAAAUAUAAUAUUAAAUAUUAAACAUAAGUGCUGACCGGAAAAAUUGAUUUUAGUUGGUUUUUAAAUACUCGACUGGAAGAAGAGAAUAAAUCGAUGUCCAAAUCAUUCAGGCGACUUAAAGUUCUAUCUAUUGGUGAGUUAAGACCAUAGUUAGUUGAAUGAUGAGGUACAUGGAACAAGUUAUUAUUUCUCAGAUUAUGGUUUGGAAUAUUAAAGUUUAUUAAUUUUAAUAAAUCAGGACAAUUGAUUUCACUAUUUAAUAGUUUAUAAAUAAAAGCUAGAUCAUUUAUAAUUCUACGGUCUUUUAAGGAGUGCAAAUUGAGAUCACUACGGAUGAUGGUAUAGUUGUGGUUUAGUUCAAUAACAUUAUAUCCCAAUCUGUAUGCUGCAAAUCUUAAAAACUUAUUUUGAACUCUCUCGAGAAUAUAAUACUUUAUUUGAAAUAGGAUAACCUAAUAUAAACAUGCUAAAGUACAUAUAGUCAAAACAAUACAAGUAGGUAUUGAUAUAGUCCAUAACAUAAUUUAAAAAGUAAAAAACUAAAACUAAUUUAAAAUGUCAAUACCUAAAGCCACAAACAUUUGAUAAUUUAAAAUUUAAAAAGUAAAAAACUCAAACUAAUUAAAAUGUCAAUAUCGAAAGCCACAAACAUUUGAAUAAAAUACCAAUGCGAUCAAUGCAAGCACAAUAAGUAUACAUAUAAGGCAACACAAAUACAUUCAACACAUCUUAUUCUCUAUAAUAUAUUUUUUUUAAACUGUACUUGAAUGUAUUAAUGUUUCUACAAGUUCUUAAAUCGAGAGGUAGUUCAUUAUAUUCUUUAAACCCUUUGCAAAUUAAAGAUUUCAUCAUAAAGCUAUUUUUAAACUCAACAAUAUGUAGAUUAUUUGUACCCCUUGUAUUAUAAUCAUGUACAUCUCUCUGAAAAGAAAAAUAUUUUUGAAAGUAAGAUGGAGCCAACGAGUUCAAUAUUUUAUACACAAAAACCAUGGUUAGGUAAUGCAAACGUUGACGAACUGACAACCAUUCAAGUGAUUUUAACAUAGUCAAUAUUGGCGUUAUUCUACUAGUUCUUAAUAUGAUGCGCAUCCCUCUAUUUUGAAGUUUUUGUAACUGACUAAUUUUAUUAAGACUGGACAAAUAUACAAUCGAUGCACAGUAAUCAAAGUGUGGCUGUAUUAUUGUAUUAUAUACAGUUACUUUAGUCUCAGUCGACAGAUUUUGAGCUAUUCUGGUGAAAAAGUACAAUUUUUUUGAAAUUUUUUUACUUAUAUACUCAAAAUGUCCAUCAAAUGACAGCACGUUAUCAAGCUGAAAACCUAAAUAUUUUGCCGUUUUUACAAUUUUGAUCUCUUCAUUGUUAAUGUGUAAAUUAAUCAGAUUUAAAUUUAUUAAACUAUACUUAUGUUUAGUAGUAAAAAUAACAGCUUU